AUGACAACUAAAAAAGACAUGCACAGUCCAUCUAAACCGUUAGUAACGAGAGUUCAACGAUUACUUAGUGGAUCAAAAGUAAGUGAUCCAUUUCCAGCAACAGCAUCAGAACGUUUAUGGAUAUCAUUUGAUUCACCUGCCGGUCUCACUGCAGAUACAAAAUCGUCGCUCACCAAUCCAACAUCAGAACGUUUAUGGAUAUCAUUUGAUUCACCUGCCGGUCUCACUGCAGAUACAAAAUCGUCGCUCACCAAUCCAAGUACACAUCGUGCAUCGUCAGUUGUUCCAAAAACACCUCGUGCAUCAUCAGUUGUUCCAAAAACACCUCGAUUACCUACAGCUAGUAAGACUCAAUCUGAAUUAACAUCGCCAACUGAAUUAACAAAAGACGUAAUAUCAAGCGAUAAUAAAAAGUUCAAAAAUUCAAGUAAAAUAGCGACAUUAUGGAAAAAAAUUCCUCUCUCAUACAAGAUACUUUGUAUUGUUGCAUUAGCAAUAAUAGUGAUUGCCGUGUCUAUUAUUCCUCCGAUCGUUUUAUUUCACAAUAAAAAUAAUAUCGUGAACAGCACAAGUUCUGCAUCUUUGUGUAGUGUGUCAACUUGUAUCAAAUCGUUCACAACAUUUCGUUCAAAUGCGAUCGCUUUAUGGACAUUUGACGGCUCUUCGACUGAUGUUAAUUAUUUGUAUAAUGGUAUAGCGUACGGCUCAGUAUCUUAUCCAGUCGCGGCAUUUAUUGGCAAAUCGAUAUUAUUUGAUAAUUCAGCAUCCGAGUAUGUAAGUGUACCAUUUAUUGAUCUUACCUAUCAAAGCUUUACGGUUCAAGCAUGGAUUUCUCCAAACAGUGUUUCAUCCGAACAAGGAAUAUUUGGACAAUGUGUUUCUACAUCACUGAAAGAUCAAUGUCUCGUACUUAGUUUAAGAAAUGGACGUUUACAUAUGAGUUUAAAUUCUGAUAAUGAAAUAUUUGGCAAUACAUUAAUAACGGCUGGCAACUGGUAUCACGUUACAUUUGUUUACGAUUAUGCCCUCCUCCAACAAUCAAUCUAUUAUAACGGAGUUCUUGACGGAUCAUCAGCUGCUCUCGGAGUCUCUGGUCCAUAUGUCGGUACAAGUGGUACCAUCACAAUUGGAUACACAACUUCGACUUCUUAUCCAAACGGUUAUUAUUAUGGUAAUUUAGACAAUGUGGUCUUAACAAAUUAUGCCAAAACUUCUUGUCAAAUUCUGAAUGAUGCAACACUUGUAGCUUACUAUCCUUUCGACUCCACAACUCAGCCUUAUUUAGAUUAUGGUCCUUACUAUUUCAGCGCUGUCUAUUCACAAACAAUAACAGUAACAGGUCGUGUCGGUAAUGCGUUGCUAUUCAAUUCUUCAAGUGCUUAUUUUCAAUCUCAGAGUUUUGUGCCACCGCUAAACGCUAAUCAAGCAUUCACGAUAUCGCUCUGGUUGAAUCCUAAUAGUAUUUCUGGUGGUACAAUCCUACAUGCAUCUGUCGCACAAAAUGGAACCGGACUCUGCUACGACCUUCUCGUACUAACUUCGACCGGUACUCUGGUUGCACAAACAUAUAAAUCUGGUAACUCGCCUGCUGUGACUGCCGUGCAAGGACCGGCGUUGUCAACAAAUACGUGGUCACAUGUUGUAUUUUCUUACUCUGUGUCUAACGGGAUGAAACUCUAUCUGAAUGGAGCGCUAAAUUCUUAUUCUUCUUCGGCAUUGGCAACUUCACAAUAUAAUUAUGCACUUUAUUUGACAAUUGGAAACAGUUUGCCCGGUGGUGGUGUGAGCUCGAGUUGUCUCGUGGGAAGCAUUACAGUUGUAUCGGGCAGGUAUCAAGGUACGAUCGAUGAAUUAUACGUUUACAUGCGCGAAUUAUCUGUUAGCGAAAUAUGCACAUUGGCUAAUCCGUAG